GUCUCUCUCGUUUCUUUCCUCGAUGGCCAGUAGCAACAGAUGAGAAGGAUAUACCGUGAAACCCUAAGAAUCGCCGACCAAUCCUUGCUCAUUUGUCUUCGUCGACGGAGUGGGAGCUGCUGAGAGAGGGAGAGAGAGGGAAGACGUCUAGGGUUAGGGUUUCGAUCGAGAUCGGGCGCCGGGGGUGGAGCUUUUGGCGGCGGUGAGGAGGGCUUGGAUGGUGAUGGGAGCCGCGGGCUCCAAGCUCGAGAAGGCUCUGGGAGACCAGUUUCCCGAAGGAGAGCGCUACUUUGGCCUCGAGAACUUCGGCAACACUUGCUAUUGCAACAGCGUCCUGCAGGCUCUUUAUUUUUGUCUCCCUUUCCGAGAACAAUUACUGGAGUAUUAUGCAAAUAACAAAACUGGGGGAGAAGCAGAAGACAAUCUUUUGACAUGUUUGGCUGAUCUAUUCACUCAGAUUAGCUCCCAGAAGAAGAAAACUGGUGUGAUUGCUCCAAAGCGUUUUGUGCAGAGAGUGAAGAAACAAAAUGAGCUUUUCCGCAGCUAUAUGCACCAGGAUGCCCAUGAAUUUUUAAAUUUCUUGCUGAAUGAGCUUGUUGAUAUUCUGGAGAAAGAGAAUGCUGCAAAAACUUCCCCUGAAAUCUCAUCAUCAUCAGAAAAGAUUGCAAAUGGGCCUAGCCAUCCUCAAGGCAAUGGUGUUCGAAAAGAGCCAGUUUCUACAUGGGUGCACAAAUGUUUUCAGGGCAUACUGACCAAUGAAACAAGAUGCUUACGGUGUGAAACUGUCACUGCGAGGGAUGAAACUUUUUUCGACCUAAGCCUUGACAUUGAGCAAAAUAGUUCGAUCACAAGCUGUCUCAAAAAUUUCAGCUCAACAGAGACUUUAAAUGCUGAGGAUAAGUUCUUCUGUGACAAAUGCUGCAGCUUGCAAGAAGCCCAGAAGAGGAUGAAGAUAAAGAAGCCACCAAACAUCCUAGUGAUCCAUCUCAAGCGCUUCAAGUACAUUGAGCAGCUUGGCCGGUACAAGAAGCUAUCGUAUCGUGUUGUGUUUCCUUUGGAGCUGAAGCUUAGCAACACCAUUGACAACGCAGACUGCGAGUAUUCUCUCUUUGCAGUUGUGGUGCAUGUUGGGAGUGGGCCCAACCAUGGUCACUAUGUUAGUCUGGUCAAAAGUCAUAACCAUUGGCUGUUCUUCGAUGAUGAAAAUGUGGAGAUGAUUGAUGAGUCCAUGAUACAGACUUUCUUUGGGUCCACGCAGGAGUACUCGAGCAACACUGACCAUGGGUACAUCUUGUUCUACGAGAGGCUUGGUGGAAGAAGUUGAAGGCUUUACAAACUUCUCAGUUUGUGGGUGAUUACACUCUGCUCGUUUCUUCUCACCAUAUCAAAUAUUUUUCCUCCAUUUGGAAUAGCUCACAGAAAUCUUUAUGCUGGAGCGACAGCAUCCAAUAUCAGAGGUAGUCAUGUAUAGUGGAUGCUGACGCAUCAUCUUGUUCAUUUGAUAAUAAAGUGAAAAUGAGUUUUGAGGGUUUCAGUGAGGAGGAGAUUUCCUUUGUAUCCUUCACUGUUGGAUAUUUCAAUAUAGCAAAAUGCAAUUGCCCCAAACAAGCUCUCUGGGAGGUUAGCUUUAAGUUUUUGAUAGCAACAUUCUGGAACUGCUUAUAAUUGAUCCUUCAAUCAAUUCCAGAUGCUAGGAAGUAAUAACGGUUGUCUUUCAAAGUUCCAGGGGAUUCAUUGUUCU